CAUUUAUGUAAAAUAAAGCGAGACGAACAGCCGUGCGACCGGACGUGUUUGGCCGUUGAUUUUGAUUUUUUUAAUUCCGACGCGCUGCUGCGCCAGCAACUUAAACUCACGUACUAGGCGCGGUGUAAUUAAUUUGUAAAAUAAUUUUACAAUAGACAUUGGUGCAAUUAAUCGUGUGCAUUCGAAAGUAAUUCGUAGUCGAGUACUGAGAAUUGAAGAAAAGUGCUAAAAUAAAAGCGACGCCGACUUGCAUUCAAUGGAGUUCGUCGAUUAAUGUGUCUGUGUUUGUGACUGGCUUGUAUUUGUUGAGUGUGUGUGUAAACGCUGAGCAAUUUUGCGCGCCGCUUUUUAAUUGACCAAACGCAUUUGUUCAAUUUAAUUGUUUGAAAAACAACGAUGGAUCUGUCGCAGAAAUGAGUAAAACAUAGUAAACAAACCACUAUUGAAACUAAAACAAAGAAACGUUUAGCAGAACAGUUGCAAAAAGGCCUAUUACAGUGACUGUGUGCGUUUAAGUGCGUGUGUGUGUGUGGCGUCUUCUGCCAAAUUUAAUGCAAUUCAAACGAAAUGGAAACCAUAGAGGAACAAUCAAAAACAGAGAUGUCCAUCAUGUCGAAGCUGCCCACACGCAUCUGUCUGGUGGGCGAGGCUGGUCGAGAUGCUGGCACGGUGCAGGCGGCCGAGAGUUUCGGCAUGCCCGUCAUCCAAUCGCAAACUGGUCUGGACAUCAUCAACGACACGGAAUGGCGCACCUUCUAUGUGCUGCAGGAUUUCGAGGAUGAGAUCUUUGAUGCCAUACACAAGCAAAAGGAAUGCAUUUUGGGUCCACCCGCUUUGAAGUAUGCCGCCGAGAUGAAGCAAACUCUGGGCCAGAACACGAGGCCCAUUUACAACUAUGCAAUGCGCGGCGUCGUCACUUGCUUCACCGGCAUACGCAAAAAGGAUGAGCUGACAAAGCUGGUGAAUCUCAUUCACUCCAUGGGCGGCUGCAUCAAGAAGGAUCUGAACACAAAGACCACGCAUCUGAUAUGCAAUCACAGUGGCGGCGAAAAGUAUCAAUACGCCAAGACCUUUCGGUUGACUGUGGUGCGUCCGGCUUGGGUUUAUGCCGCUUGGUCAGCACGCGAUUCGCAGGAGUUUGAGGCGACGCAAGACAGUUUCACGAAGACGCAUCGUCUAAGGGCAUUCGAGGGACAGAAGAUCUGCUUCUUUGGCUUUCCCGCCGAGGAGCAUCAGCACAUGGUCGAUGUGCUGCUGGAGAAUGGCGGCGUCUGUGCUGAACUGGAUGAUCCCGAGUGCUCGCAUGUCGUGAUGCCCAAUACGGGCGCAGUCUUUACAAGCUCUAGCACUAGCACUACUACUAGCACUGACACUACUACUACUAACCACAGCACUAACCCCAAGCCCCCCCAUCCCAUAAGCAACACCAGCUGUAGCAGCAACAGCAGCAGCAGCAACAACAGUCCAAAACACACACCACCCAACACCACAACUCAAUACAACGACGCGGACAUUGCUGAUCUCUCAGCUGCCGAGCAAAAGGAGUUCCAGAUGCAAACAUCACCAACCACAGAUAAGGAGAAUCUAGAAGCGGAGGAUCUCGAUGAUAUACACUUUGAUGAUCGCCUCUUUGUGGAGGCAGCCGACAUGCAACAACCAGAGGAGGAACUGCCGCUGCCCGACUCCGCUGACGAGGAAGAUGUGCAGGCAAGCACACCCAAGAAGAGCAAUCACAUGCAGCAUCAGCAUAAGCUGCAACAACCAAGCAUCACGAUCACAGCUGGCACGCCCACCAGUUGCAAUGGCAGUCCAUCUACCGAUGGCUUUCAACCAACCACUGAGAGUCUUUCGCCCAUACUCAAAGCACCCGCCAAGCUGCUCGCCAUCGAGACAAUCAAUGAAUGCGACAUGGAGACGGAUGAUUUGCUGGCCACCGAGAAUGAUUUGAAGCGUAAACGCGACAGCUUCGACAGCGUCUCGCUGAUGUCUGUCGAUUCGUUUGCUUUGCCCGCCAGCACCAAGAAACCGAAACUAAUACGCACCGGCUCCAUAACGCGCACCCUGAAGCGUUCCAUGAGUUUUGUGGCCGAUCGCACGCCCAUCAUCAAGACGCUGCGCACGCGUCGCAGUUCGAUUGCUGGUGCGGAUACUUCCAUACUAGGGAGUGAGACUCUUGACGCUGCCGAUGAUUCAGUUUGUUCGCUAGCCAGCAGCAUCAGCACAACGCUGAAUGAAUCCAUACGCAAACCAGUCAAAGAGAAGCUGCGCAGCAUUUGCGGUCGCAUUACACGUAGCAGCAGUCGACGUGUCGAACGUGAAGGAACGCCAGAGUUGGGACUGUUGGACAGCGGUUUCAAGACGCCCAAGGCGCCACUGCAACGUUUUGGCGCCAGCGGAAGUGCAUCAGCAUCAACGAAGAAAACAGCGAAACGUCUGUUUGGUCCGCCGGUGGGUGCAACUGCUGCUGCUGUUGCUGCUGGAGGUGGUGUUGGUGCUGCUGCAUUCACAACAACUAACAAUCCCAAUGUCAUUUGCAAUUCCACCACAUCCAAUGACACUUCAUCCACAAUUGCCUGCUGUGCUGCUGUCACGGCCAUGGUGCCACUACAAAUCACCUCAUCAUCAUCAACAUCAACGUCGCCGUCUCCAUCAUCGUUGAUACCAGCUGUGGAAGUAAUUGAUGUCGAUGGUGUCAAGCAGACACCCGCUGCAGAUGCAGAUGGAGAUGAGCCAAUGGUUGUCGAUCAUGACAAUGCUGCCUCGAAGCCGAAGCCGGAGCCAAAGAAUCACAAUACGCACAUUCUGAAAUCGGAUUGGUUCUGGUACACGAUCCAAAAUGGAUACGCCAACGAGAUGGACUUUCUAUUCGGCGAUUAUCUGGACAGCAUUACGAAUACGCCCAGCACCGAUCGUCGCGAUUCGCUGCCCAUUAGCUUCAACAAGCGGAAACGGAAGCGUUUCUCACAGCGCAUUCAAUUGGAGGGCACACCUUUGGGCUCGGGCAAGCGACGCUCUUCGGUGUCCGAUGCUGGUCUGUUGUCCGUUUCGAAUAGCUUUUUUGAUUGCACCACCAGUCCUGAUAAGCUGGAGAAUGAUAAACUGUUGCACGCUGAGCCUGAAGCAAGUGAAGCGACACCCACAAAGAAAUCUAUGCGCUUCAAUCAUUUUAUGGACUUUUUCACCACAGAGUCGAAUUAUGUGGGCAUUCUAGAUACCAUAUUAAACCUCUUUAAAAACAAAUUGGAAGAACUCGCGGAGACGAAUGAUCCACUGCUGAAUAAAUCAGAGAUCAAAUCCAUCUUUGGCAACUUUCUGCCCAUACACGAGGUGCAUCAGAGCAUGCUGGAGCAUUUGCGUAAACUGCACGCCAAUUGGCGAGAGGAUUGCCUGAUUGGCGAUAUUAUCAUCCAGCAUCGCGAUGAACUUAUCAAAGCCUAUCCACCCUAUGUGAACUUCUAUGAGCAGAUGAAGGAACAGCUGCUUUACUGUGAUCGGGAAUACCCGCGUUUCCACGCCUUCCUCAAGAUCAAUCAAACUAAGCCCGAAUGCGGACGACAGAGUCUCCAGGAUCUAAUGAUACGACCCGUGCAGCGCUUGCCUAGCAUCAGUCUGCUGCUCAAAGAUAUACUGAAGCACACGGGCAACGCAAAUGUGGAUCAUGCAAGCCUCGAGGAGGCGCUGAAGGCCAUCAAGCAGGUGACGCUGCACAUCAAUGAGGACAAACGACGCACAGAGUCACGCAUGGCCAUCUUCGAUAUAUUCAACGAUAUCGAUGGUUGUCCUGCGCAUUUGGUCAGCUCGAAUCGCAGCUUCAUCUCCAAGUGUGAGGUCAACGAGCUGUCCGAUUCACUCAGCGGUCGCGGCGAUAGUUUGCUGCUCUAUUUGUUCUCCGAUUCCAUUGAGCUGUGUAAGAAGCGUUCGCGUGGCUUCAACACAGCCAAAUCGCCGAGCACGGCCAAGACGCAUAAGCACAUUAAGCUGAUAUCCUUGAAUACGAUACGCUUUGUCAUUGACAUCACUGACAGUCCGCGUGCAUUUGGACUGCUGCAGCGUGGCGAGAAGGAGAAGCUAUACACCUUUAGCAUUAUCGAUGAGGAGACGGAUAAGCUGGUCUAUCUCAAAAAGCUUUGCAUGCAGAUUGCAGCGCACACCUGUCGCACAGAUGCGGACAAAAUGCUGCUGAGUCGCACCUCACUGGAACUGGAAGUGGACAUCAGCGAUGUGAAUGUCAGCACAUUGAGCAAAGCAUUUAAAUUGGCAGCCAAAACGCGCCUGAAGGUGGGACGCGCCUUUUCCUUUAACAAAACACCCAAUAAGCUGAAGCGUGCCGUAUCCACGAUGAUGACAUCGCCCUUUGGCAGCACCAACUCCUUGACGCCCGCCUCGCAGCUGGCACAGAUGCGUCUUGCCAGCUGCACCAACAUUAACGAAGUUGCAGAUGAGGAUUGCUCUAGCAUGCGCAGCAAUUCACCAUCCGCGCAGUCUGAGAUGCUGGUUGUGCCACCUCUCUCUGUGCAGCCCACACGCAAAAACAAGGCCGUCGUGGGUCGAAUUUAGCCAUGAAUGCUGUUGAGCUGAGAUGCUCUCAAAAAGUGUAUUCCAUUUGAACUCUCUUUUGUUUUGUGUAAGCACAACAAAAAAAACUCGCUUGAAAUGUGUUUCAAAUUUGUGCUCAACGUAGGCUAAGCAUUAACAUUUAAUUUUAACUGUAACUAUUAUUUCAAAAUUGUAAUCUCACAUUCACGCGUCCAAUCUCCCCUAGUUUAUAAGCUACAAAUUCGUAAGUUUCGUUUUGAUCGUCAGAGCUUUCGUAUUUCGCAAAUGUUGAAGCGUUUGCAUUCGAAUUUGGCGAUCUCGAAUUGAUUUCUGUUCUCCCCAAAGUAAAGUCAAGUCUAUUAUUAAUUUGUAAAUAGUUCUCUAUUAUACGCUACAACUAAAAACUACUUUUUAUCGAUAUGUUCAAUGUAUAACCGCAUAAUGUAACUAAUUGUAUUAGUGACUUGAAAUCUCAUUCACGCACUGAAAACGUUUUUAAUCGGUCAUUCUCGAUCGAUUCGAAUCGGUUCGGUUCGAUUUCAUGUCCUUCGUCGGCUUGUCGCCACUUUUGCACAAAAGCUGUGAAUGUUUACUGAGUAAAUUUUUUAAAAAUUAUGUAACAGUUAAUGUUAUACUCAAUUAAUAUUGUUUUGAGGACGGCGUACAGCUAAGCAGUUUAAUCCUAACUGAGUAUGAUAAUCUUAAAUAUAUGAACUAUGACAUAAAUCUAUCAAGAA